AUGAAGAAAUUCAACACUAACCUAGAUUUUACCAACAACCUGCCCCUAGCAAUUGACACAGUGACUAGCGUUGUCAAGAGGGCUGCGAGUCAGAUAGGCAGCGCCCUAAAGGAGGAGGAGAGGGAGGAAAAGGAUGCUGUUAUCAAGAAGCGGCUCGAGGACCUAGAGUCCAAGGUUAGCACUGUUAACGACAAUGUCGCACAGAUGCUAGCGAUGAUGCAGCAGAGGGAGAAUUAG